AUGAUGUAAUUGAAUAUCCAUUCUAUUAAACCUAAUUACAUACUUGAUAUUAUUGUUUAAAAAAUAAAACUAUUUUAAUUAGUUACUUCAUCAAGGUUUUGUUGAAAUUCUGCCUGCUAACAUUAAUUAGGAUAUUAAUCAAGAAUUACAUAUUCAAAUUAGAAACUGGAUAAAUAUUCUAUUUUGGUGCAAGCAUCCUCCGGCAUACAUAUUAUUAUAAAGGCUUGAAAGUCAACAAAUUUUAUAUCAGCGUGAUAAUUUAUCUAAGCCAACUCUCAUUCAGAAGUUUCAAUAAUAACUUACUCUUGGGCUCUUCUAAAGAUUUAUUUGAUGAUGUUAGUUUAUUAAGAGAGAUGUUGCUUUUUUUGAAUAAUUGCCUGAAGAUAGGCAGACAGACAUUCCCUGAAAGAGGAUUAUUUCAAGGAAUUCAGAAUAACUACGAUAAACUUAGGGAUAACUAAGAAAUGAAAGAUGGUUGGAUGGAGAAAAAUUCAGAUAGUAUAAAAUAAAAUUGA